AUGUCUAGUAGUACAUAUUGGAUUGAAAAAUUAGUUAAUCCAACACUUAGUGUUUUACCAGGUGAUUUUUUAAAACCAAGCCAAGAACCGUUUAUUCAACAAUCAAAUUAUACUAUUAAUAUAUCUGGCUUAAUUAAUAGUGAAUUAUCUUCAAAAUUUAAUGAUUCUUAUAUCUUACUACUAACCUGCUGGUGUUCAAUUUUUUACAGAAUGACAGGUGAUGAAGAAAUUAUAUUGUACAUUAAAGAUAAUAAGGUGCUGAGAUUUACUAUUGACAAAAAUUGGACUUUUAAUCAACUAUAUGAUGUUUUAGAUAAGGAAAUAAAUCAAGUGUUAAUCAAUCAUGAUACAACUGAUAUUUCAUUCGAUAAUAUUAGUGAGUUAAUUAGGGAGAAAAAUGACUUGGAGAUUAUUCCGAGUCUAUUUAAAUUUGCUUUCUUAACUAAUCAAAAUAAUAGCAAGCUGGACCAGUAUCAACAUUCAAAAUUAGAUUUACUGCUAUCAUUUAAUGAAGAAUCAGAUUCAUUGGACUUUGUUUACAACUCUUUAUUAUUCGAUCGAGAAAGAAUUCAAAUUUUGUCAGAUCAAGUGAUAACCUUUUUAUCGUCAGCAAUAAAUGAUCCUUCAUUAAUAAUAACAGUUAUACCACUACUGACAAAUUCAUCAAAGAAAAGUAUACCUGAUCCAACAAGUAACUUAGGUUGGUGUGAUUUUGUUGGAUGCAUCCAAGAUAUCUUUCAAGAUAAUGCAGAAAAAUUCCCUGAAAGAAUAUGUGUCGUAGAAACAGGUAAUGACAAAGAUAUACCGUCCAGAACAUUCACCUAUCAGGACAUCAACCGCGCUUCAAAUAUCGUGGCUCACUAUUUAAUUAAGACAGGUAUCGAAAUUGGCGACAUUGUGAUGAUUUAUUCUUCAAGAGGUGUGGAUUUAAUGAUAUCUGUCAUGGGUGUUUUGAAAGCAGGUGCGACUUUCUCUGUAAUUGAUCCUGCAUAUCCUCCGCAAAGACAAACCGUAUACCUAUCGGUUGCAAAACCAAGAGGUUUGAUAGUGAUUAGAUCUGCAGGGGAAUUAGAUUCCUUGGUAGAAGAUUAUAUCACAAACGAGUUAGAUGUAAUUACAAGGAUCAAUUCUAUUGCUAUACAAAAAGAUGGAUUUUUGCAAGGUGAUAUAAAACCAGCUGAUGAUCCAUUGGCAUCACUAAUUGAAUUCCAAGAUACAAGAUCAGGUAUCAUUGUUGGUCCAGAUUCAAAUCCAACCUUAUCUUUUACUUCAGGUUCGGAGGGUACUCCAAAAGGUGUCCUAGGUAGACAUUUUUCCUUAGCAUAUUACUUUGGUUGGAUGGCAGAAAAGUUUCAACUUUCUGAGAAUGAUAAUUUCACAAUGUUAAGUGGUAUAGCUCAUGAUCCCAUCCAGAGAGAUAUGUUUACCCCAUUAUUUUUAGGUGCUAAGUUAUAUAUUCCAACCCAAGAUGACAUAGGUACUCCAGGUCAACUUUCUGAAUGGAUGAAUAAAUAUAAAUGCACGGUAACACAUUUGACUCCUGCUAUGGGGCAACUAUUAACCGCACAGGCAGUCACCCCAUUUCCUUCAUUGCAUCAUGCCUUUUUUGUUGGUGACAUUUUAACAAAGAGAGAUUGCUUAAGACUGCAAUCAUUGGCUGAAAAUUGUAACAUCAUUAAUAUGUAUGGUACUACCGAAACACAACGUGCUGUGUCAUACUUUGACGUAAUGUCAAGAGCUCAAGAUCCAUUGUUUUUAAAAACUAAAAAAGAUGUCAUGCCAGCCGGUAAAGGUAUGAAAAAUGUUCAAUUGUUAAUAGUAAACAGAAAUGACCGUACUCAAUUAUGUGGGGUUGGUGAACUUGGUGAAAUAUAUGUACGCGCUGGUGGUCUGGCUGAAGGUUAUAGAGGUUUACCUGAACUUAAUAAAGAAAAGUUUGUUACCAAUUGGUUUGUUGAUCCAGAUCAUUGGGCGUUUUCAGAUACUAGUGAAGGAAAGCCAUGGAGCAAAUAUUGGUUUGGUAUAAGAGAUAGAUUAUACAGAACCGGUGAUUUAGGUCGUUAUUUACCAGAUGGUAAUUGUGAGUGUAGCGGUCGUGUUGAUGACCAAGUUAAAAUUCGAGGCUUUAGAAUUGAAUUAGGUGAAAUUGAUACUCAUAUAUCUCAAUAUCCAUUAGUUAGGGAAAAUGUUACUUUGGUUAGAAAGAACCAAGACGAUGAAGUAACUUUGAUUUCAUUUAUUACGGUAAGAACUGAUAAGGAAGAACUAAAACAAUUCGAAUCUGAUGUUCCACAAAAUGGAACUUCUGAUCAUAUUGUUAAUAGUUUAUUAAAAUAUGGUCCACUAGUAAAAGCUUUAAAAGAUUUUUUAAAAAAAUCUCUCGCAAGUUAUUCAAUCCCCUCGUUGAUCAUUGUUUUAGAUAAAAUUCCUUUAAACCCCAAUGGUAAAUUUGAUAAACCAAAACUUACAUAUCCAACCAUUAAACAGAUGAAAGCUGUUGAAGAAAAGUCUACUACUUCAAUACUUAAUGAGGAUUUCACCGAAACUGAAUUGAAAAUUCGUAAUUUAUGGUUAUCAUUAUUACCAAAUAAAGCCGUAAACAUUUCUAGAGAUGAUUCGUUUUUUGAUUUAGGGGGGCAUUCUAUUUUAGCUACAAGAAUGAUAUUUGCUUUAAGAACUGCAUUAAAUGUAAAUAUAGCUCCUGGUACGAUAUUCAAAAACCCAACAUUAUCUCAGUUUGCUUCUGCUAUUGAUAAAAUCAGACUUAGCGAUAAUGUUGAUGCGUCGACUGCCAAUACCGCAGAUUACUAUAAUGAUGCCAAACACUUAGUAAAUGAGUUAUCAGAGUCUUACUUAAGUAGAGAUGACUUCAUUUUGCCUGGACUACAAAAACAGAAGUCGACUAUUAAUGUGUUUUUAACUGGUGCUACAGGAUUUUUAGGUUCAUACCUAUUAGCUGACAUUUUGAAUCAUAACAACAAAGCCUACGAAUUCAAAAUCUUUGCUCAUGUUCGUGCUGAAAAUAGGCAAGCUGGACUUGAAAGGUUAAAAAAAUCAGGUAUGAUUUAUGGUACUUGGUCCUCAAGUUUUGAAGAACAUAUUGAAAUUGUUUUGGGUAAUUUAUCAGCUUAUCAAUUUGGUUUGAAAGAAGAUAAGUGGGUAAACUUAUGCGACACAAUCGAUAUUAUUAUUCAUAAUGGUGCUUUGGUCCAUUGGGUAUUCCCUUAUGAAAAAAUGAGAGAUCCUAAUGUUAUUUCCACUAUUAAUGUUAUGAGUUUGGCGUCAUACAAGAAACCUAAAUUCUUUACUUUUGUUUCCUCAACAUCCGUUCUUGAUACUGAGCAUUACUACAAACUAUCAGAUGAUAUAGUGUCAAAGGGAGCAUCUGGGCUUUCUGAGUCGGACUCCUUGAUGGGAUCUGCUACCGGGUUGUCAAAUGGCUACGGACAAACGAAAUGGGUUGCUGAAUACCUCGUUAGGGAAGCUGGUAAAAGAGGUUUAAGAGGAUGUAUUGUUCGUCCUGGAUAUGUAACUGGUGAAAGUAAAAGUGGAUUUUCAAACACAGAUGAUUUUCUAUUGAGAUUUGUCAAAAGUUCAAUCCAGCUGGGAGAAAUUCCAAAUAUCGAAAAUACAGUAAAUAUGGUCCCAGUGGAUCAUGUGGCUAGAAUUACUGUCGCCACCUCUUUGAAUCCUCCUUCUGAUAGUGGAAUAACAGUCACGCAUGUAACUGGUCAUCCACGUAUGAAAUUCAAAGAUUACUUAUUUUCUUUAAGAAACUAUGGAUAUCACGUCAAAAUAUCGGAGUAUGAUGAGUGGUGUCAGAGUUUGAAAACCUCGAUCAUGGAUAAACAUGAAGACAAUGCAUUAUUUCCGUUGUUACAUAUGGCUUUAGACGAUUUACCAAAGUCCACAAGAGCCCCUGAAUUAGAUGACACAAAUGCUGUUAAAGCUUUGAAAGCCGAUAUUGAUUGGACUGGUCAAGAUGUUUCUAGCGGUGUCGGUAUGUCUGAAGACCAACUCGGAAUUUAUUUUUCUUUUUUAAACAAAAUACAUUUCAUUGACCCUCCUUCAAGUUCAAUUUCAAACUCAACAUUACCUAACGUCAACUUAACAGAUUUACAGGUUAAGUUGUUAUCUUCAGGUGCUGGCUCUCGUUCUAGCGCGGCUACUAAUUAA